AGCCACGCCGAUGGUGGGGCAUAACCUCACUUUUUGUUCUGUUUUUUGAUAAAUUGGUGCUUUCGAUGUCUUCUCGAUUGCCUUUGGUAGUAAUUCUGGGAGCCACUGGUACCGGAAAAACUAAACUUUCUUUGGAGUUAGCGAAGAAAUUUGGCGGCGAGAUAAUCGGAGCAGAUUCUAUGCAGGUGUACAAAGGUCUGGAUAUCAUCACCGCCAAAGCCACGCGCGAGGAACAAUCCGCUGCCCCUCACCACAUGAUUGAUAUUCUCGAACCCCACGAAUUAUUUACUGUAACCCAGUAUAAAAACAGGGCUCUGAAAAUAAUCGAAGAGUUAAUCGACAACCAGAAGCUACCCGUCGUUGUGGGAGGUACGAAUUAUUAUAUUGAGUCUCUGCUCUGGAAGAUAUUAAUCGAUGACGGGUCUUACGCCGAGGUGCCUGGAGUACUGCCCAACAAUGAACACGAGUUACCUAGUGAGGAGCUGCAUGAGAAGCUCAAAGCACUGGACCCGUCCAUGGCAAGGCGGCUACAUCCAAACAAUAAAAGAAAGAUUUUAAGAUCUCUUGAAAUUCUUUAUAAAAAUGGAAAAAGACACAGCGAAAUUUUAAAGGAGCAACAAUCAGCUAAAGAUGCAUCCCGAUCAGGUGGUGGUUUGCGAUUCGGCACUUCUCUAGUAUUGUGGUUACAGUGCAAUCAGGAUAUUUUGCACAAGAGGUUGGAUGAUCGUGUGGAUAGCAUGUUGGAACAGGGACUUCUGGAAGAAUUGUUGAACUUUCACAAAUUGUACAAUCAAGAACGGAUAAAUAGUGACGACAAGGAGCUUGAUUACACUAAAGGGAUCUUUCAGUCCAUUGGAUUCAAGGAAUUCCACCCAUAUCUGAUGUUGAACGAGGAAGUACGCUCAACGGAUGAAGGCGAGAAGAGACUGAGGGAGGGCAUAGAUCAGCUGAAACUGGUGACGAGGCGAUUCGCAAGGAAACAAAACCGGUGGAUCGCCAACAGGUUCCUUAGCAGGACCGACAGACAGGUUCCCCCGAUUUACGGUCUAGAUACUUCAGACGUCUCUAGGUGGGAGGAAAACGUCUCUAAAAUCGCAUUCGAAAUCGUUGAAAGCCACAUUUCCGGUGGCCAUUGUGUUCACGAAAGACUACCAUCGAGGUCCGGUAAUUCCUUUCCUAACAGCGAUGACACCACUCACACUUGCGAGGUGUGCGACAGAAUUUUCAUCGGCGAUUUUCAGUGGGCACACCAUCAGAAAUCAACGCGGCACAGGAAGAUGGUAGAAAGUAAGAAGAGAAAAGAGAAACAGGCCAUUAAUGAAUGAAAUGUCAACAGGAAACAUUAGGCAUUCUGAGAAUUCCAGCACUGCUGGCAAAUCGUUUAUAGAAAGAACAACAAAUAAGGGACCUAAAUUUGAUCCCUGUGGGACUCCAGAGAUAACUUCUGCACCUAAUCUGAAGAAAACUGUCAAAGAGCUAUCCUGAUACACUAUUAAAUGUACUUGGUCCUUUUUUGUGUAGUUUUGCAUUUUAUGACAAAAUAAAUACUUAUUGUUAAUAUAAUAUCUCAAGUAAA